CACACACUAUCUCUCUCUCUCUCCCACACACACACAGACAUCCUUCCAAGAACUCUUUGUGCACAGAAGAAAAGAUGGAGGACGUCUCAGAUGAAGCAAGCAAUAUAAUACUUGAGAGAGAUAACUUCUAUGGUUGUCGAAGAGUUAAUGGUCUGCUCUUUUCGGAACCACUCAAUUUUAAUUUUUUGGCACCUCCUCCACCACCACCAUCACAAGUGCCUCCAAGAGUCCAACAGGAGCAAGUAGGGUCAAACAACGAAGGAUCUUCACAAAGAAAGAAACGGGACCUUAUUGCAUCUAGGAUUGUGGAAUCAAAAAUUGCAACAGGGAAGGGAAGACCAUAUGUUUUAUUACUAUAUGAGUGUUUGAAUAGAAGAAAGAUGGAAGCUAAAGAAAUCCAGCUUUUGCAAAUAAAUGUUGUUCCAAAGACAGUUCGAAUAUAG